AUAUAGUGAAUGCGGGGUCCGGGGAGAGCGGAUAUAGUGAAUGCGGGGUCCGGGGAGAGCGGAUAUAGUGAAUGCGGGGUCCGGGGAGACUGGAUAUAGUGAAUGCAGGGUCCGGGGAGACUGGAUAUAGUGAAUGCAGGGGUCCGGGGAGAGCGGAUAUAGUGAAUGCGGGGUCCGGGGAGAGCGGAUAUAGUGAAUGCAGGGUCCGGGGAGAGCGGAUAUAGUGAAUGCGGGGUCCAGGGAGAGCGGAUAUAGCGAAUGCAGGGUCCGGGAAGAACAGAUAUAGUGAAUGCAGGGUCCGGGGAGACC